AUGUCGACUCCCCGCGUUUUCAUCGUCCGCCAUGGCGAAACCGAAUGGUCACUCAACGGCCGCCACACGGGUUCGACCGACAUCCCCCUGACAGGCACCGGUGAGAAACGGGUUCUGGCUACGGGCAAGGCCUUGGUCGGUCACGAUCGCUUGAUUGUCCCCAGCAAACUAGCCCAUAUAGCCCAACGCACGCUAGAGCUGCUCAACCUUGCGUAUAAGGACCAGCUACCUUGGGAAGCACACGGCGAGCCCUUCUGUGAAGGCCGGCGCUGUGACGCCCGGAUUGAGGUCACCGAGGACAUCCGCGAAUGGGACUACGGUGAUUACGAAGGCAUCACCACCCCUCACAUCCGGGAACUCCGAAAGCAGCAAGGACUAAGCCCUGCCUGGGAUAUUUGGCGCGAUGGUUGCCCGGGAGGCGAAAGCCCGGCCGAUAUCUCGGAGCGCCUUGACCGGUUGAUCAAGGAUAUCCGAGAGAAGUGGCAUGCACCCGUCAUGGGUAAACAAACAGGACAAGGGGUUAACGGCGAUAUCCUGAUUGUAGCCCACGGCCACAUCCUGCGGGCUUUUGCGCAGCGCUGGGCUAACCAGUCUCUCCACGAGGGCCCUAGCUUCCUACUCGAAGCGGGCGGUGUCGGGACAUUAAGCUACGAACAUCACAAUAUCGACGAGCCUGCUAUCCUCCUUGGCGGUGCCUUCAUUGUGGAUAUUCCAGAGGUGAGGGAGAAGACUAAAGAGUGA